AUGUCUAAAACUGAGCAGCUGUUAAUCAUCUAUGAGAUGGAGGCAGAGCAAUGGGCAACUUAUCUGCAUUCAGUCUUCACUGGUCAAAUCUCAGAGGCUGGGAUCUGCUGCUAUGACAUCGCUGCAGUGUCCAGUCAGCGGGAAGACUUCCUCAGGCUGGUCCAGUACACCUGCAAGCUCCUGGUCCUCUCCAAGGGAAUGCUGGAGGGUCUGUGCCAGAAGCGGCGCUUCUUCCUGGCCCGUGUAUUGCGUCCUGCAGCUCAUGUGGUGGUGCUGCUGUGUGGGGUGGAGUGUCUGACCCCACUGCUGGAGCUGGUGCCCCUGAACGGCGACGAAUGCCUGCAGAUCUCCAGUGAACAAGAUGCUCAUGAGUACCUGACCAUUGUGACUGAUAUUGUGGGAAAAGGUGUGUUAGCGGCGGCAAAUGUCAACCCCUUGACGCGUCAACAAUUAGGAUCAGAGCAAAAGGCGGAACAAAUGCAGUCAAGUGUCAAAUCCAACAUUGUGGUCGUUCCCUCCAGAGUUCCAUGCAGGAGCUCUACGGAAGUGUUCAUUCUGCUGAAAAAUGAGUCGGCUGGCAGCGACGCUGAGGUCGAGUUCACUGGUGAGAAUCAGACGCUGAGGGUGAAGCCUGCGUGCUGGAAUGAGCGGAUCCUGUGUGUCAAUGCACCAGAUUUUCCAGCAGGAAAUGUAAGCGUGACCGUGUAUAGCAGCGGGGUGCCACUGAGCAAGGCACAGCUGCAGUACUACAGCAACAUGGAGGAAAUAACCUCCCUUCUGGCGAGGGCAGCAGACCCUGUUGAUUUCAUGUGUCAGGCUCUUCAGGAAUCCUCUGUGGAGAAGCUGGACCAGAAGUUGUCCUCCAUGUUGUUGGUGGGCAUGCCCGGCGGAGGAUUUCAGGGACUGCAUUGUGAAAACACACCUGGAAGAGAGCUCCACCAUGCAGAUGCACCAUCGCUCCUCCACUUCGCUGCCCGGUAUGGAUUCAAGAGCGUCUCCAGCCUGCUCCUGCUGUGUCCAGGUGCUGAGCGAGCGAUGCACACAGCCAACCACCAUGGACAGACGCCCAGUGAGAUCGCCAAGAGUCACGGCCAUACAGAGCUUCACGUCUUAUUGAAGGAAACACUGAAUAUGUUCGGCUCAGACGAGGACGAUGGGGAUGGGGAUGCCGGUUUGUACGAAAGGAUGUGCGCUGCAGGGACUCCUUCCACCGCAUAUCCACAAGAAGAGCACGGAGAGGGGGAGGAUGAGGAUAUCUAUGCACCGCUGGGGGCGAGUGAUGAAUACGACACCAUCCUGAACUCCACAAAAGCCGUGGUCAUUGCCAGUCGCCCACCAGCGCCCACGCCUCGGCCCGAGAUCACCCACGUGGAGGACAGAACCCCUUACAUCAUUAAAGUGUUCCAGCAGAAGAAGACACCGCAGCGCGACGCUGAUCUGUAUUCACUUCCCACUAAACAAGUUGCUGCACGCGGGCGGGAGGACAGCAUCUCCUCCACCUACGAUACCUUUGUGCCAAACCAGACAAACGGGCUGCAGCAGCAGCUCAUCGAGCUCCAGCAGAGGGUGAAGGCCGGUUCACUCACUGUGGACGGGGCCCUGGAGCGCUUCAGCGAGUGGCAGCGGGCUCAGAAGGGCAUGGACGCCGUCCAGCAGGAGACGUUUAGGGAUCUGAGAGCCAGAACAGUCAACAGCAGAGAGGACGGCGACAGUGUCUAUGAUAAAAUCAACAUCGUUCAUCACACGCCAAGUGUUACAGUGAGUGGAAGUCGAAGGGGAAGCCAAACAGCUGAGUCUGAAUGUUACAGCAAGCCACUUAAAGGACAGCUUCCGAGUUUGUUCUCGAAAGGUGAUAAAUGGUGAAGGCCCCAUCAUCACUCUACAGCGACUCUAUUCUCCCACCAGAUGUUUCACCACAUAUUUACAAAGAGUUGUUUUUCAAAGCAACAGGAGAGUAAUGACAGACUUUCUUUUAUAUAUUUCCUACUGUUUGUUCAUCAGUAAUGUACAAUAUGUGUUACCUUUGUAAGCAAAUGUACAUCUUCAGAAUCAAUUUCUUAAUUUUGUAAAAUGUCGCAUGAAAUUUUUCCACGUCAACAAAAAUCGUAUUAAUUUUGAAAGUUACACUUAAAUUAAUUAGACUAUUUAUUAUAUGUUGAAUUCAAUGUCACCAUAUUGUCAAUAAUUCAGCGACUAAUAUUGUAAUAACUUUGUUAACUUUUCAUGCACAGUGAACAAGUAAAUUAAAUAAAAAAGGGUUAAAAACAGUGUAAAAAGUGUAAUAUGUUUUCAUGGGUCUGUGGAUCAAUAUCCCAGCAAGCGUU